UCGCUCAUCUCGCCGAGCCGACUGGACUCUCGACUCUCGUCUCACAAUCUCUGCCUCUACGACUAUGCCCUGAAUAGGCUCUCGGUCGUUCACUCCUCCUUCUCUGGAUUUCCCUCUCUUCAGGUUUCUGCCUUCUAGUCUCGACCCUUAGGGGGAGCAAGUUUGAAAUCUAAAAUUUUGCUAGAAUUGCCAGUUCUACCACUUCUUGGAAGGUUUUUGGUUGUGACAUAUUUACAAAUCUGCGUAAAUCUUUCCUCGGGCCAAGUAGGAAACGAUUCACCUUCCGAGCUUCUGUAGUGACUAGAUCAUACGUGGAAAACAUGGGCCGAAAAUCUGGUGAGCUUCAUAUAAAUGCAAAGAAAUUUGGGGGUCUCUCAAAACCUUGUAUGAAGGAUAUGAUAACAUUUCUUGGCUGUUUGUCCCUUAAUCAUAACAAUGAUGAAAAGUGUGCUCGUCAACGCCAGCAACUAGAUACCUGCUUGGAGGCUCAGACCGGCAAAAAAAGAAAACCCUGGGGAACCCUGAAUUAUCACUUGCAGAGGCUCAACAGAGGAAGGAAGUAGUUUUGGUUAUUUGAAGAAAUCAUUUAAUGCAGUGGUUGAAGAUUUUCAGCACAUAUUCAACAAACUUUGCACUCUGAUUAGCAAUUAUAAAUGGGUUGGUGGUUUUGCAUGAAUAGCUAGAUCCUGUUUAUGCUGUUUGGACAUAACAAGAGCCAACUAUUCAAUCAGUUGCUACAUGAAACUCAGAUAUCUCAAUGUUUAUCGAUCCUAUCCUGUGAAACAUGUGUCCAAAAUGAAAUUUAAGGUGGUUAACUUUGCUGAAUUUAAUCUUAGAGGAGAAAUGCAAGUGUUUAAUUCUGGUUUUGUAAUUGCAUAAAUGGAACAUAUGUGUGGUUGGCUUCAAAUGUGCCAAGUAU